GAAAGUAUGCUGGGGUAAGAGGUUAGUCAUAGAGUUUUCCUCUCAAGUUCGUUCUUGCAUUUCCCAAAGCAAACUCAUGGGAAACAAAAUCCCAAAUGAAUCAGAGCAACAAAACUACCCAUUGAUACAGUCAACUCCAUCACAACCACAAUUUCAACCAAACACAGACUCUUUAAUCCAACAAACAUGUUCCGAAUCAAACAAACUAUGGCAUAUUGCCGCCCCUUCCAUCUUCAGCCGUCUCACCAUGUUCUCCAUCACAGUCGUCACUCAAUCUUUCGCCGGCCACCUCAACGAUCUCGACCUCGCCGCCAUUUCCAUCUCCUGCACCCUCCUCAUCUCCAUCACUUUCGGUUUCUUGCUUGGAAUGGCGAGUGCUCUUGAGACCCUUUGCGGCCAAGCUUACGGCGCAGGACAAAACCACAUGUUGGGUGUUUAUUUACAACGCUCUUGGGUUGUUCUUUUCUUGUCUUCAAUUUUGUUGCUACCCAUGUUUGUGUUCGCCACGCCUAUGUUGAAGUUCAUAGGACAACCCGUUGAGGUUGCGGAGCAAGCGGGUUUGGUUGCGAUUUGGUUGAUUCCGUUUCACUUGAGUUUCCCAUUUCAAUUCACUCUGCAAAGAUUCUUGCAGUGUCAGUUGAAAACUGGUAUUAUAGCUUGGGUUUCUGGAGGAGCACUUGUGAUUCAUGUGAUAUUGAGUUGGGUGUUUGUUUAUAAGAUGAGAGUUGGGAUUGUUGGGAUUGCUCUUACUAUUGAUUUCUCUUGGUGGGUCUCGGUUUUGGGAAUGCUUUGUUAUACACUCUUUGGUGGCUGUUCAUGUUCUUGGACCGGUUUUUCUGUUGAAGCUUUUGUUGGUCUUUGGGAUUUCUUUAAACUCUCUUUGGCUUCUGGUGUCAUGCUUGCGUUAGAGAAUUUCUAUUACAGAUUGUUGCUUAUAAUGUCUGGUUAUAUGUACAACUCUGAUGUUGCAAUUGACGCUCUUUCGGUUUGUGUAACUAUUUAUGGUUGGGAAUCCAUGAUACCGCUUGGUUUUUUAGCUGCAACCGGGGUACGAGUUGCAAACGAGCUUGGCGCAGGCAAUGCAAAAGGGGCGAAAUUUGCGACAAUGGUUUCAGUUGUAAAUACAGUAUUAGUGGGUUUCGUAUUUUGGUUGAUAAUCGUGACUUUUAAUGAGAAGCUUGCUUUGAUCUUUACAUCAAGUUUAUCUGUAAUCCAAAUGGUUCAUGAACUAUCAUUCUUGUUGGCUUUUACCAUUCUUCUUAAUUGCGUUCAACCCGUUCUUUCAGGUGUAGCCGUUGGAUCUGGUCGGCAAGUAGUAGUGGCUUAUAUAAACAUUGGCAGCUAUUACUUGGUCGGAAUACCUUUCGGGAUUCUCCUAGGCUGGUUGCUACCGUCCGGCAUUGUGGGUAUGUGGAUUGGAAUGAUGAGCGGAACGGUGGUUCAAACAUUGAUCUUGGCCAUUAUCACGUCGAGAUAUGAUUGGGAAAGAGAGGUACGGAAAGCACAGAUUCUUGUUAAGGACGACGAAACAUCCAACCAAUAACAAAGGUAAGAUUCAUGUUGUAUUGCACUGUCUAAAAAUAUUAGUUCGCCAUUUAAGAUAGUUUUAUUCUUUGCCUCAUAAAAGACUACCUUAGCACAUAACAUUUAUUUGUCCAGACAGAAACUGGAUGAUGUAUAUUUACAUAUCCUAGUAAGGUUUCAAUGACCAAUAAAUUGAGCAUGCAUGAGAAUUGAGAAUGAA